AUGAGUCGCCGGAGAAACUCUGCCUCGACGAUCACAUCGUCCACCGACGCUUUUAGUGGAACCCUGCCAGUCCCUGAUAUUUUAAAGCAUUUGCACUUCCUCAUGGGAGCCGGCGCCAGUACUCCCUCUGCACCUGCAGAACCUUCUGCGGCAACAUGUCCUGUCGAUCACAAGACCCGUGAAGUCUGGUUGCAACAGAAUGGUGGCAAAGCGCCGCAUCCCGCUUCCUCUGCGCCGGCGCAAGAAGGAGAACAGCCCCCUUCCAAAUUACAACGACCUUUAUCCACAGAUCGGGAGAUUAGCAGCAUACCUCGAGCUGGCGCUCCGUCCGCCGCCGGCACUUGUCCGGAGGCAAAGAAGGGAUCCCCAUCGCCUUACGAAUCAUCUCCAUACGCUGCUUCGCACGGGGCUCCCUCCAACGCCGAAGCCGAGACGGGUCACGACCAGGCCUCGGGCAACUGGAUAUAUCCCUCUGAAAAACAGUUCUUCGAAGCCCUGAUGCGCAAAGGCAACACACCAGGGUCAACGUCAUCCCCCUCUGAACUGGCGACCUCCGUCGCCUCCAUCAUUCCCAUUCACAAUGCAGUCAACGAGCGGGCAUGGCAGCAAAUCCUCGACUGGGAAAACAAAGCGCCGUCCACGGAUCCCGGCAGUAAGAAAUGCGGGGGUCCCAAAUUAUAUUCGUUCCGGGGUCUCGGAGUUGAUCCUCAAUUUCUAAGUCCACGCGCCCGUAUCAACGGGUGGCUGGGGUACCAGCAUCCGUUUGAUCGGCAUGACUGGGUAGUUGAGCGCUGCGGCGGCGAGCGAGUUGAGUACGUGAUCGAUUUUUAUCAAGGCAAAACAAAUGCCGGUGGCGACAAGCCAGAUGGCCUUUCCGCAAACGCCGCCUCGGGCAAACUCAGCUUCUAUCUAGAUGUACGGCCGAAACUGAACACCUAUGAGGGCUGGAGGAUGAGAUUCAACAAGUUUGUCGGUUUCUGA